UGAAAGGGAUAGUGUCCAAAUGGAAGACCCCCCAACUUGACCAAAAAUUUCGGUGUCUCCGACACAAGCACAUGUCAACGCCACCACACGCCUCCUAAGCCUCACCGUGCGAGGAGGACGAGGAUGUUGCGUGCACCGUUGAACCUCACACUCACGAAACCCAAGUCACCAUGUCAUGGUUUCCGGAGUUUUGCUUGUGACUUGCUUUAUACAGUUGGAUUUGUCUUUAUGCAGAGCUUGCAGGGCAUAUCUGGUUACUCGCUUGUGGAAAUGUUAGAAGGUUUACUCGUUCUGUUCACAAGACAUCUGGCUUGGAAGUAUUUUAUCCAAUGGGGUCCCCGUACUCAAGAUACAAUUUUUUCUCUAACUGUAGACAUGUACUCAAAGGACAGACUCUGUUCAUGUUAUUUAAAUCAAAGGUUAACUUUUUGAUGGAUAACAGGGCUAGGAACUUGUAUACCCUCCCUGUAAAUAAUGCAAAAUACCAGCAUGGCCAAGUUAUUUGGAACAGGAUGUGUUUCCAUAAAGGGCCAGCUCUACUGCCAGUAGGUCAAAUUGCCCGUGCAGUAAGUUUGGCUAUGGUCAAAUCAAAUUUUGUUGUUCAUGGUGUGAUUGCCUUCAUAGUAGGGGAGAUUGCUUGGACACAAGGGAAAUGGGCAGAAGCAGAAUCCUUCCCAACGAGGGAUUCACUUUAUGUGCAUGCACAAGAUGGACGUGUGUAUUUAACCGCAGCUCUUGUGGCAGCCUUUGAGAUUUUGUUCUUGUUUCUUAGGGCUGUCUAUUUGGUGAUUUUGUUCUCUCCUUGCAUAGCUACGGCACCUUUGGUUGAUUUUUUUGGCACUCAAUUUAGGAAAACAUGGAUUCAUGUUGUCCGUGUUUCGCUUGAAAAAGCUGGCCCUGCAUUUAUAAAAUGGGGUCAAUGGGCUGCAACCAGACCUGACCUCUUUCCCAGGGAUCUCUGUGGUGAACUUGCAAAAUUUCAAACCAAAGCACCAGCACAUAAAUUUAGCUAUAGCAGAAAAUGUAUUGAAAAUGCUUUUGGCCGCAAAUUAUCUGAAAUAUUUGAAAAUUUUGAGGAAGAACCAGUAGCUUCAGGUAGCAUUGCUCAAGUUCAUCGAGCUACACUAAAAUACAAAUACCCUGGUCAGCAAAUCAAGCCUGUUGUUGUAGCAGUGAAGGUCCGGCAUCCAGGGGUUUCUGAAGCAAUUAAAAGGGAUUUUAUCCUUAUCAAUCUUGUUGCCAAGAUUUCGUCUUUCUUACCUAAUUUGAAGUGGCUGAGACUAGAUGAAAGCAUACAGCAAUUUGCUGUCUUUAUGCUGUCUCAAGUUGAUCUUUCAAGGGAAGCGGCACAUCUUAGUCGCUUUAUCUAUAAUUUCCGGAGAUGGAAAGAUGUUUCAUUCCCAAUUCCUCUGUAUCCCCUCGUGCACCCUUCUGUUUUGGUAGAAACCUAUGAACAAGGUGAAAGUGUUUUGCACUAUGUUGACCAGCUUGAAGGACAUGAGCAUUUCAAAAGUGACCUAGCUCAUAUUGGAACACAUGCACUUUUAAAGAUGCUUUUGGUGGAUAAUUUUAUCCAUGCAGACAUGCAUCCUGGAAAUAUUCUUGUCCGAGCAGGAAAAAGCAAGCCAUCACCUAUACCACUCUUGAAGUCAAGACCUCAUGUCAUUUUCCUUGAUGUAGGCAUGACUGCUGAACUUUCUAAGAGGGAACAAAAAUCUUUAGUGGAGUUCUUUAGGGCCGUUGCACUUCAAGAUGGCCGCACUGCCGCAGAGUGCACCCUUAGAUUAUCAAAACGGCAAAAUUGCCCAGACCCAAAAUCUUUCAUUGAGGAGGUGGAUAAAUCAUUUAAAUUUUGGAGGUCCCCAGAAGGUGAAUCUAUCCACACAGCUGAUCGUAUGCAACAAUUACUUGAGCAUGUUAGACGCUCUAAAGUCAAUAUAGAUGGCAAUGUUUGCGCUGUGAUAGUGACCACAUUGGUUCUGGAGGGUUGGCAGCGAAGACUUGAUCCAGAAUAUGAUGUGUUGCACGCUUUGCAGACGCUGCUAUUUAAAGCUGACUGGGCAGAGUCUCUAUCAUAUGCCAUGGAAGGAUUGGUGGCCCCAUGAAAGGUGACCAUUUUCCCAAAAUUUUGAGAAUGAUAGUGCAGAAUUGUUGUUGGUAAAUUGCUUAGCAACAGUUGAAGAUCUUCCAAAUUUUCAAUGCCUUUUUUUCCUGCUAUUCUUAUUGAGUUUCUAGUAACAUGCUGGGAAGUGGGAUCCUGGCAUUGUGAAGGUUUUGAAAUAAUUUCUGAUUCUGAUAUUAA